AUGGUUAAGUUUUUUGAAGGGCUUGUGGAGAUGGACAAAAGGUUUGAGGUUGUGGUGCCUAGGAAGUUCUCUUCGGUGUGUUUUAGGGUUUCGCCAUCAGCAAUUAGUAAGGCUAAUUAUCCAACUGCAAAUUAUGAAAAAUGUGUAAACGAAGUGAAUUGCAAGUUGCUGGAGGCGAUCAAUGGGUUGGGUCGGGUGUUCAUGACCCAUGCUAUGGUUGGAGGCAUCUAUGUGUUGCGGUGUGCAAUUGGAACAACUCUGACUGAGGAAAAGCACGUAGGCAUGGCUUGGAAGGUGGUGCAAGAGCAUGCAGAUGCCAUUCUCCAUCCACCAUGUAUUAAUUAA